AUGAUCUUGACGUUACUGGUCAUCAUUUCCACCUUGAUCACAGUGUUGCUACUACUAGCACCAUCACAGCGUGAUCCAGCCGAUAAACAAUGUACGGUCCAGGUGGUGGUCCUGGGUGAUCUAGGCCGAAGUCCGCGGAUGCAGUAUCACGCUCUCAGUAUUGCCCAUCAUGGUGGCCGCGUGCGUCUGGUUGGAUAUCGAGACACAGAACCACUACCUGAGCUUGUUGCGCAUUCAAACGUAACUAUUGUGCCACUUCCGUCUGCUCCACGACUACUGCAGACCAACAACAAGUAUCUCUUUUUGGCGUUCGGUCCCGUCAAGGUGCUAUUGCAAGCAUGGUAUCUCUGGCGAACCCUGGGCUAUUCGAUGCCCCCUUCGAAAUGGAUGCUAGUCCAGAAUCCACCGUCCAUUCCAACUCUGCUAGUCGUGGCGACUGUGUGCCUGUUCCGAGGAACCAGACUAGUUGUCGAUUGGCACAACUUUGGCUAUUCCAUUCUCGCCCUCAAGCUCGGAUCGGAUCAUCCCAUGGUCAAGGUCUCCAAAAUCUAUGAGAAGUUUCUAGGACGAGCUGCGAGCGCCAACUUCACCGUGACAGACGCCAUGGCAAAAGUCUUGCGAUCGGACAUGGCCAUCUGUACACCUGUACUUACGCUCCACGACCGGCCGGCGGAUCUCUACCAGCCAUUGACGGACUCGGGGCGGAUAGGUUUCCUUCAGAGAUAUCCACCUCUAGCAGAUCAUUUCAACUCCAUCGUCGACAGGAAAAUGAGACUUGUCGUUUCUUCGACGUCGUGGACGGCGGACGAGGACUUUGGACUCCUCCUCGACGCACUGUGCAGUUACACCGCCAGCGCUACGUCUUCUCAUCCUCAGCUACCCGAGCUUGCGGUCGUCAUUACCGGCAAAGGCCCUCUCAAGCAGCACUAUCUUGAUAAGAUCAAGACAUUGGACGCUGGAGACGCGUUGGAAAUGGUCAACAUCUAUACCGACUGGCUCUCUUUUGAGGAUUAUGCUCUUUUGCUGGGUUCUGCUGAUCUCGGCGUGUCCCUGCACACGAGUAGCAGCGGUGUCGACCUACCGAUGAAAGUCGUUGACAUGUUCGGAGCUGCGCUUCCAGUGGCGGGAUGGAGCAAGUAUGCCGCAUGGCCAGAGCUCGUCACCGAGAAUGUCAACGGAAGGGGGUUUGACAGUGCCGAAGGGCUGGCCGAUAUACUGCGAGAGCUGUUCGAUCCAGAGUCGACGCAGCUGACGCGAUUGCGAGACGGCGCCAGGGUCGAAAGCAGACGGCGAUGGUCUUCUGAGUGGGAUCCUGUGGCCGGAAAGCUCUUCGGUCUUGUACAAUGA